UGACGUCAGGCGGCGGCGGCGGCGCGGCGCGCGGCAGUGACGUCACACGACGGCAGCAUGGCGGGCAGCGGGCGCCGGCCCGAGCACCGCGGGCCGCCCGAGCUGUUCUACGACGAGACCGAGGCGCGCAAGUACACGCAGAACUCGCGCGUGGUGGAGAUCCAGUCGCAGAUGUCGGAGCGCGCCGUGGAGCUGCUGGGGCUGCCCAAGGACCGGCCGUGCCUCCUGCUGGACGUGGGCUGCGGGUCAGGGCUGAGCGGGGAUUACAUCUCUGAGGAGGGCCACUACUGGAUUGGCAUGGACAUCAGCCCUGCCAUGCUGGAUGUGGCUGUGGAGAGGGAGGUGGAAGGAGACCUGCUCCUGGCAGACGUAGGUCACGGCAUUCCCUUCAGGCCUGGCAUGUUUGACGGCUGUAUCAGCAUUUCUGCAGUGCAGUGGCUCUGUAACGCUGACAAGAAAUCACACAGCCCCCCAAAACGCCUCUACAGAUUCUUCUCCACUCUUUACACUGCCCUGGCCCGAGGAUCCCGAGCUGUGCUGCAGCUGUACCCCGAGAACUCAGAGCAGCUGGAGCUCAUCACAGCCCAAGCCAUGAGAGCUGGAUUUACUGGGGGAAUGGUGGUCGAUUACCCCAACAGUGCCAAAGCCAAGAAGUUCUUCCUUUGUCUCUUUGUUGGGGCAUCAGGCACAUUACCAAAGGGCCUUGGUACCGAGUGUGCUGAUGAAGAGCUGCACCAGGCAAAGUUCACCAACGAGAGGACACGGUUCAAAAACAUCAAGGGCAAGUCUGUGAAGAAAAGCCGGGACUGGAUCUUGGAGAAGAAGGAGCGUAGACGACGGCAGGGCAAGGAGGUGCGAGCAGACACGAAAUACACAGGUCGGAAGCGCCGCCCUCGCUUCUGAAUUGCUCUGGACUCUGCUGCUGGGGAAGGUGGUGUGUGGGUGCUUCCAGCGAGCCUCCUGUGGAUGGCACAGAUGGGCACCCCACACCUUAGACUUGCUGGGACAGGCCAUUGUGGCUCCUGAUGGUGUAAACUGGCUCAGGUGCUGCCCAACAGCCAACUGCAAAGCUUCCAGCCCUGCUCGCCUGCUGAAGGUGGAGUGGCAGACAGUGCUCUGGCCACUUGGUGUCUGCAGUGCUGUUGCUUACCUUCUUGAGUGCAGCGAGCCAGCUGAGCUCCAGGUGAGCCAGGACAUGAUAUCCAGCCUCCUCACUAAAGAGUCUACAAGUUGGAAGUGUU